AUGGCGGUGCUAGAUCUGCCACCAACGCUUGAUCAGGUUGCGCAGCUUCAGGCGCGCAUGCUCGAGGCUUUGCAAGGGGGGGCCGCUCAGCUAAAGACCGUCCUCCCAGCAGAACAACUCGUUGCAAUCUUACGGGCCACAGAGGCUGAGCUGAGACAGGAACCAAGCCUAGUCGAAAUUUCCGUUGAGGAACCUCACGUUCAAGUGUUCGUCUUUGGCGAUACUCAUGGACACUUUCCUGAUGUGGCACAUAUGCUAAAGGAGAUCGGAUACCCAUCACCAACCCGCGUUCUGGUGUUUAACGGCGAUUACGUGGACCGUGGCAGCUGGGGCGUUGAGCUUCUCACGCUGUUGUGUUGCCUGAAGUGUGCUGCGCCUAACUCUGUGUACCUAUUGCGAGGUAACCACGAAAGCAGCAGCUGUACCAAAUGGUAUGGGUAUAGCCAGGAAGUCCGUGCCAAGUACGACAAACAGUCCAAGGAGGUGUAUUCGGCCUCCAAGAAGCUCUUCUCUGUGAUGCCGCUAGCAGCGCUGGUCCAGAGGAACACCCUAGUCAUGCAUGGAGGGCUUUUUCGGAAGCCGCCAGAGCCCCGGCGGGGGGCAAAGCGACGGAAGCCGGGGCAUCUGGGUCGUCCUGGUGGACCCUCGGCCCUGGAGCCCGGGACGUUGGAUCACCUGCGCCAUGCCAACAAGGGCGGGAUGGAUCCAGACGGCGUCGGCUCGUCGCUUGUGGCGACGGACGUGCUCUGGAGCGACCCCGUUGCGGCCCCUGGCUUUUUCGAAAACGAUGCUCGAGGCGUAGGCCUAGUCUUCGGGCCUGACAUCACUGAGGCUUUCUUGAGGGCUAACGGCCUGAGACUCAUCAUUCGGUCUCACGAGGGACCUGAUGCGCGCGAUAAGCGGUCGGAUCUGCCGCAGGUCCUGCAGGGUUACAGCUUUGAUCACAACACGCCGGCUGGCCAGUUGGUGACCGUCUUCUCCGCGCCGGACUACCCGCAAUUCCAGGUGGUUGCGGAGGAAGGGGAGGAGGCUGGUAAGAGGUUCAAUAACUUGGCGGCUGUGGCGGUGUUAAGUGCCCCGGACUACGCCACACCGAACAUGCGGACCUUUGCGGCGGUCACCCCGCGACCCAAGGCGGACGCCUACUACGACUUCGCGGCGUGCUGUGACAGCGACGCAGAUGUGCAAGAGGGCAGUGAGGGCGGCAGCGCGUGCAGUAGCGCGGUGGCCAGCGAGACAGAGCUGGGAGUGGAUGAGGCGGAGGGGGCGCCCGCGUCACUGAGCGGUGAAAUGGCAGAUACCAAGUCCCUGGAGGUGCAUGAAGACCUCCCGCCAUCGCUCGAUGCGGUGUCACCGUCGGUGCCCAUGGCGGAGGUCGAGGUGGUGGCGCAAUCGGCUCCAAUGGCGGAGGCCGAGUUGGCCCCGCCUUCCGCGCCACCUGCGGAAAAGCUCCAGGUGGAGGCGCUUCUUACAACCAACCAUGCCGAUGCCAUGGAGGUCGAGGAGCAAAGCCAGAGGCCCGGGCCUAUUGCUGACGGGUCUAUUCAGGAGGGCGGCGAAACGAGCCAUGAAGCCGCCAUUGCGGCAACUGCCUACCCAUUAAGUGGUUGUGGCGCUGUCGGUGAUGGGACCGCCGGAGCGGCUGGAGCUGGCACAGACUUGAGUGUCUCUGUAUGUCAGCACACCGAUGACCAGGAUGACGGGGAUGUUUUAGAAGGGCCAAGUCCACUCGAGGCCCCUGCAGCUACCGCAUGCGAUGCGAGCGACACGGAUAUGGUCGUUUCCGCGAACACCCCUGCGGCCGAGGCCCGGUAGUAUGUGCAUUGGGGGAAGGCAGUCUCGCCAAGGAAACAUCGUGGAAGAGAUGGUUACGGGCAGCUAUUAGUCGUGAGCGUUAUCAGCAUUGGUGUUACAUUCUCGCGUGUUGCCUUGGAGCCAGAUUAGUAGACCAGCUGUUAGAAAGGAUGGCUAGGUAGGUCGUGUAAAUGCCUCUUUGUCGUGUGAUGACGCUUGGCAUCGGCGGCUCUAUUUCUUUUGCGGUAUGUUGGGUAUGAGGAAUUCUAUCUCCCCUGCGCAGAUCCCUGGUGCAGUUCUUAGGUUAGGAUGUUGAUUCGCAUUUGGAGCGAGGUAGCGCGCCCAACUGCCAUGUGUGUCUGCGUUGAGGCAGAGCUAUGUUUGAUCUGUACGAUUAAGCUUGUUUUUUUUUACGACUACUGCUCUCUUCCCAAUAUCUUUGGCUGUUUCUUCCAGAGAGCACUUUUGGAUGGCCUUUUAAUUCCGGCACAUG